CCUCUCCCCUCCCUCUCCGUCUCCCUUCCCGAGGCUCACACACAGCGGCCGCCCUGCACCGUGCAGCCGGUUUCUUUUCUCUAUCUCGGGCUUCGUGUCCCGGCGGGCGGCCAUGGCUCUAGGUUUACUCCCGUUGUUGUUGCUUGCGCUUUGCAGAAUGAGUGCAGCCCGCCAAGAAAUGCGAGCAGUGAUUGAUUUUGGAUCAGUGCACAAUGUGAAACAAGAGGCCUCAAUAGUGGAGAAACUGGCCACAGAGAUUCUAACGGUGAAUGAGCUCUUUGUCCUGUCUGUAUUCAGGCUGCCACCCAGACAGGGUGGUAUUCUGCUGGGGUUCUAUGCCAAGAGAGACAACAUGAGAUACCUGGAGGUCACUGUGAUGGGCAAGAUCAACAGAGUGCUUGUCCGCUACCUGAGAGAAGAUGGGAAGACUCAGUCUGUGAAUUUACAAAAUGCAAACUUGUCAGAUGGAAACCCUCACUCCAUCAUCCUGAGGAUCAGUGGCCUCCAGCAUGACCUGAUCACCAUGGAGCUGUAUGUUGACUGCAGACAGAUGGAUUCCAGUGUGGGGCUCCCAGCGAUGGUGACUAUCCCUCCAGAGCAAGCAGACACGAUCGAUGUACGGACUGGUCACAGGGCUUACACACGGAUGCAGGGCUCAUUGGAGGAAUUGAAGUUAUUCCUGGGAGGGACAGUGGUCCGUGUUGGUGCAUUGCAGGAGUGUCCAUUUCAGAGGGACGAUGCUGUAAGGAACAUGGUGAAUGGUGCAAAUUCUGUUCUGGGGGACCAGACAACAGCACUGGUCAAUCAGUUGGCUCUUUUCAAUCAGGUCCUUCGUGACUUGAGAGAAGAUAUUCGUGAGCAGGUGAAGGAGAUGUCCCUGAUACGGAACACCAUCCUGGAAUGUCAAGUGUGUGGGUUUCAUGACCAUCGGUCCAAGUGUGAUCCCAACCCCUGUUUUGAAACUGUGGAAUGUAUGGAAACCUACGAAUAUCCCGGUUUCCGCUGUGGACCCUGUCCGGAAGGUUUUACAGGAAACGGCACACACUGCACCGAUAUUGAUGAGUGCUUCUUUGCCAAUCCCUGUUUCUCUGAAUCCAAAUGCAUAAACGCAGUGCCAGGAUUCCGCUGUGAGUCCUGUCCCUCGGGAUAUCAAGGAACGAUUGUAGCUGGUGUAGGAGUGCAAUAUGCAAUGACCGUGAAGCAGGUUUGCUCAGACAUCGAUGAGUGUAAUGAUGGGAAUAAUGGCGGCUGCAUAAUAAACUCUCUCUGCACAAACACAGUGGGUUCAUUUAAAUGUGGUCCAUGCCAGAGAGGGUUUGUGGGAAACCAGACGGUUGGCUGUGUUCAUCAGAAGUCGUGCAACAGCGCCACUGUCAAUCCAUGUGACGUCAAUGCACAAUGUUCGAUCGAGCGGAAUGGACAGGUGUCCUGCCACGUGAGUAUUGGUGUUCCAGAUAACUGCAGGCUGGUUCAUAACAAGGACCAGCAGAACUCUGAUGCAGACUCAUUUGGAGACACAUGUGAUAAUUGUCCCAAUGUUCCCAACAACAAUCAAAAGGACACAGACAACAAUGGAGAGGGAGACGCUUGUGAUAAUGACAUUGAUGGAGACGGUAUUCCCAAUCUUCUGGACAAUUGUGCUGGGGUUCCAAAUCCUCUCCAGACAGACAGGGAUGGAGAUGGAGUUGGAGAUGCAUGUGACAGCUGUCCUGAGAUGAGUAAUCCCACACAGACUGAUGCAGAUGAUGAUCUUGUUGGCGAUGCUUGUGAUAAUAAUCAAGAUGGUGAUGGCGAUGGGCAUCAGGACUCCAAAGACAAUUGUCCAGAAAUUCCUAACAGCUCUCAGCUGGACUCUGACAAUGACGGGUUGGGCGAUGAGUGUGAUGAUGAUGAUGACAAUGACGGGGUUCCUGACUAUGGGCCAUCGGGUCCUGAUAACUGCCGCUUAAUUGUGAAUCCCAAUCAGAAGGAUUCUGAUGAUAAUGGGAUUGGUGAUGCUUGUGAAAAUGACUUUGAUAAUGACGCUGUCUUUGACCAAUUUGAUGUCUGUCCCGAGAGUGCAGAGGUCACUCUCACUGAUUUCCGAGCCUAUCAGACUGUUGUUCUGGAUCCUGAGGGUGAUGCACAGAUUGACCCAAAUUGGGUGGUCCUAAACCAGAAUAUCCUGUGCCCGCUCAGAUGCAUCAUUGACCCUGGCUCCAGGGAGGAAACACACUAUCCUGGAGUGUCAUUUGCAGCCACAGAAAUGCCUAUCUGUGCCCCUGACUAUAGAGUCCUUUGUCACUACUGCUCGCCUGCGCUUCGACCCUCCAGCCUAUACAACCGUGACAGUCAUGGUGCCACUGAUCUGACUGCUGCUUUCCCCUGA